AUGGUGCGCUUCCCCGCGCUCUUCCGCCUGCCCUCGAAGCUGCGGCGCCGGGCCCGACGCCGCAGGAUGAACACCCUACUGAGCCUCCUGGUCAUCGUACUACUGCUCCUCAUACCCUUCUACAUCAUCUACAAGCCACCGCGGCUGCUGAUUCGGUACUUCUCGCGACGCUGGCCCGACGUGCUGUGGGAGGUGGAGACCAAGACGAAGGUGGUGGCAUUGACGAUUGACGACGCGCCCUCGGAGCACACGGAGCAGAUACUAGGAGUUCUGAAGGCCUAUGACGCGACGGCGACCUUCUUCGUGAUCGGGGGCCAGGUCUCCGGUCGCGAGGAGAUCCUGGCCGACGUGGUGCGCAGCGGCAAUGAGCUCGGCAACCACGCCAUGCACGACGAGCCGAGCCGCGCUCUGAGCGACGAUGAGCUGACGGCCGAGAUCGAGACUGUCCGCGACAAGAUCCGAGCCGCAUACAAAACCGCCGAGAAGGACAUGCCGCCGCAGUACUUCCGGCCCGGGUCCGGCUUCUUCAGCGAUCGCAUGCGACGCCUUGUUGACAAGCUGGGGUACCGGUUGGUCUUGGGUAGCAUAUACCCGCACGACCCACAGAUCAAGUUCUCGUGGCUCAACUCGAAACACAUUCUGAGCAUGCUACACCCUGGAGGCAUCAUUAUCUGCCACGACAGGCGGAAAUGGACAGCGCCCAUGCUGCGGAGAGUGUUGAAAGAGGCCAAGAAUAGGGGUUAUCAGGUUGUCAGCGUCUCGGAACUGCUGAAAAUCACAAGCGGUAAUUGA